AUGCGCUUCUUUCCUAUACGCAUCGCCGUUGCGACUAUCGCGUUUCUCGCAUUCUGCUCCGCGGGCGAAGCCAAUGCAUCUAGUGAUAUACCACAAUCAAUACGAGGGAAAGUGCCAAAAUGCAUGGAGACUUGUCUGCAAAAUUUCAUCGCGUCACAAUACCCAGAGACAUGCACCACCCUCGACUGCAUGUGCCGGACAGAAACGCCUGAUACGCUUACACUGGGGGAGGGCGCUGCUUCUUGUUAUUAUGCGUUGUGUCCAGUAGACGCUCAAACGAGCAACGGCGUCUAUCAGCUAUGCAACUCCAUAUCCGAUGCUCUUCAAAAUACACACCCAACCCUCACAGCAACGACUUUCGCUGCGCCCACUACUACUACCCACGUACCAGAUGUGACAACUACGAAAGCGCCUGAGACCACCGAUGCGACUGGUGCAACUCACACUAAACCUCCUGGGACAACCCUAGCCCCCGAGACCUCCAUUUCCCCUAACAUUACCUACUACCAUCCCUCUUCGACCGCGGAGCCUAGCACAACACAAUCACAAGCCACAAGCUCAACUAGCCCCAUGGCUACAGCCGCUACAAAUGCCACUAUACCUGCAGAUAACGACAAAGGCAACAGCUCUGUCAGUUCAGCAACCGUCAUCGGUGUUUCAGUGGCGUCGGGCGUGGCGGGAAUCUUUAUCGUUGGAGUGGCUGUGUACUACUUAUGCAGAAGAUGGAGGGCCAGACGCGAAACGAGAGACUUUGAGAUUGGCGGGGUCAUGUCAGAACCGUCAGACUUCUCGCACUCCCGAGGACCAUCACCUCAGCCAAGUCCUAGGUUUCCUCCACCUGAUGCUACUCGAUGGCAGCAAGAGAUGUCUCAGAAUCCUCACUCGCCGCGAGUUGCUGCGUGGGUUGCUCAGUCUCCUCCAACAAUCAAGAUGGUUUCGGAGCCAAAUCCAGCGCGCCCUCUACGGAACCGUGAUAUUGGUCGGGCGGUGGGUUCUGACGCCGAUUGGUAUAGUUCGCCUCACACUGCAAAUUCAGAGCAUACGCUGGCAGAGCUGGUUCCGCAAUCGGCUGGGUUGUAUCCCAAGCCACUUCAGUGGUGCCGGCCUGAGAGCUGGCAGACGGUUUUCGAAGACGAAAAUCAACCGUCUAAGGCUGCGAACAAGGGCGAGUACCCGCCACCUCAGGUCUAUCCACAGUCGACUCUAGAUCCACAACCUCGGAGCCUUAUCACUGGGCUCCCUGCCAAUCCCCGAGCAGUCAAGAAUGGAUUCCCAGCAGACAAGUUCCGACGCGAGCCCAAUCAAGUACCAUUCGGAAGCCCAGCGCCUCGGGGAGCUGCUCAAGAUCCUGGAAUAAAGAAGCUAGGAAGCCCCUUUGCCGGCAUUGCAGUCCGCGGCUCGCCAAGCUUGGUUGAUACCAGCGGUCCCAAGAGUAGCUCAGGAUCCUCGCGUGGCACACCCAAUUUAUCCAACACGACAAUCUCCUCAAGCUCUGCUCAGGAAGUUACCGUCCACCGUGCGCCCCCCGGAAAGGGACUCCCUGCCAAUCCGCGGCCGCCACGGAACUCUCCACAAGUAGGAAAAGAGGUCGUUUCUCGGCCUCGGAUUGUGCGAGGCGACGAUAUCAGACGUAUCGAGCCUGGCGACCGCUCCAGGCCCCCAAGCGAGGUCGUCGCUCCGUACUGCCCCGAUGACCUCUGGCUGGAACGAAGUCGGAAGAUUGCCUCGCGCCGGGAGUCCAAAGAGCUCCCAUACCCUUGUGAACUGACUCCCGGCUCGCUUGUGUAUCCCUCCAGUCCGAAGAAACAACCCCAAAAUGCCGCCAAGCGCAUAUCAUCCACAAGCCGAAACUUGACACCGUCCAGACGCGGGAACGAUUUGAUCCUGAGUGUGGACUAA